CGCCGCCGCCGCUCCACCCGCAAAGGCCCGAGAGAAGCAGCACGCGGGAACCCAAGCCUUGGUGUAGCGCCCAUGGAAGCCCUUGUCAGGAGGGGCCUGCAGAGCCCCGACCAGGCGCUGCGGUUGCUGGGAGUGGCCAGGGCUAUAUGCGUGGGCCUCAGCAGGUCACUGCCCGCCCUGGCGGCCAGCGCAGAGCAGUUUGCAGAGCAAUACCCUAAACUGAAGCUCAAGGUCAACGGCAGGGAGGUAACAGUGCCGGAAGGGACGUCGGUGCUAAACGCCUGCAGGGAGGCGGGAGCCUACGUGCCGACGCUGUGCACGCACCCGCGGCUGCCCACGACGCCUGGAACCUGCCGCAUAUGCAUGGUGGAGACGGGGGGCGGGCAGCUCAAGCCAGCGUGCGCCACGCCUGCCUGGGAGGGCAUGGAGGUCCAGACGGCGACGGACAAGGUGCAGGAGAGCAUCCGUGGCGUGCUGUCGCUCAUGAAGGCAAACCACCCGUCCGACUGCAUGAACUGUGAUGCAUCGGGCCGCUGCGAGUUCCAGGACCUCAUCUCGCGGUACAACGUCAAGGAUGCCGACUUUGAGCACUUCCACGACUCCUCCUCCACAGCGCUCACCCUUGACCUAGAGAAGUGCAUCAAGUGCGGGCGGUGCGUGACGAUGUGCGGCCAGGUGCAGCAGAUGAAUGUGCUGGGCAUGAUCAACCGGUCGCGCAUGGCGCACCCGGGGGUGCUCAUAGAGGAGGCGCUCGACCACUCCAAGUGCAUAGAGUGCGGCCAAUGCUCCAGCGUGUGCCCCGUGGGCGCCAUCGUGGAGCACUCGGAGUGGCGGCAGGUGCUGGAUGCUCUGGAGAACAAGCAGAAGGUCAUGGUGGUGCAGACCGCGCCCAGCGUGCGGGUGUCGAUCGGCGAGGAGCUGGGGCUGGCGCCAGGCACGGUGGAGACUGGGCAGAUGGUGGCGGCGCAGCGCGCGCUGGGCUUCGACUACGUCUUCGACUCCGACUUCUCUGCUGACCUCACGAUCAUGGAGGAGGGUGAGCCGGGGUGGGGUGGCGGGGGUUGGUGGGUGGAGUGCGCGCACGGCCACGCCCCGGGCCCGCUGCCCAUGUUCACUUCCUGCUGUCCCGCGUGGAUCAACCUGGUGGAGAAGUCCUAUCCGGAGCUCAUCCCGCACCUCAGCAGCUGCAAGAGCCCGCAGAUGAUGAUGGGGGCCGUGGUGAAACACUACUGGGCCAAAAAGAAAGGGCUGAAGCCAGAGGAUGUGUGCCUGGUGGGCAUCAUGCCUUGCACCGCCAAGAAGCACGAGACGGAGCGCAAGGAGUUUAGGAACGAGAACGGCGCCUACGACUGCGACUACGUGAUCACCACGCGCGAGUUUGGGCACAUGCUGCGCCACAAGAAGAUCCCCAUGCCAUCUCUGAAGCCAGAGGAGUUUGACAACCCGCUGGGAGAGGCCACGGGGGCGGCGGCGCUGUUUGGCGCCACCGGCGGCGUCAUGGAGGCCGCCAUUCGCACCGCCUACGAGAUCGCCGCAGGCGAGCCCCUGCCCAAGCUUGAGGUGGAGGCGGUGAGGGGGGUGAAGGGCGUGAAGGAGGCCACCCUCACGCUGCCAGCCAACGACACCACCCUCAAGGCGGGGGUGGCGGGCAAGGAGAUCCGAGUGGCGGUGGCCUCUGGCAUCGGCAAUGCGCGCCACCUGCUGCAGCGCAUCCAGGCGGGCGAGGCGCACUACGACUUUGUCGAGGUCAUGGCCUGCCCCGGUGGCUGCAUCGGCGGCGGCGGCCAGCCCAAGACACAUGACCCGGAUGCGGUGCUGAAGCGCAUGGGAGCCAUCUACCAGGUGGACAAGAGCCUGGCGCUGCGCAAAAGCCACGAGAACCCUUCCAUCCACAAGAUCUACGCUGAGUUCUUGGGGCAACCGGGGGGAGAGCUGUCCCACAAGCUGCUGCACACCCACUACACCGACCACUCUGUGGACACCCUUCCCUCGGUGAGGGAGCUGGGGGGCAGCGGGGAGGUGGCCAAGCGCGCGGCGCUGACGGCGGCGGGGGAGAUGCGGUACAAGCGUAUCGCGAUGGUGGGCGACCCCAGUGCCAAGCGCUGA